CAAAACUCCCUCGCAUCACAAAACUUCCCGCUCUCAUCUCCAAGGCGCCGCUCUCGACAGCGCCGGCCGCCGCAAAUGACCCCAACCGAUCACAUGGCAGCGGAUCCUAUGGCGGCGGCGUUGUUCGACGAAGUAGAAGAUCAGGAUUAUCCAUACGAGAGUUCCAUCAACGCAAACAUCCUGAACUUUGGGAACGACCAAAACCCGACGCUGGAGGAUUUGCAAUCGACGGCGGAGCAGCCAGCGGGGCAUGGGUUUGGGAACAUGGGAAUGGUGGAAUUACUGAGGCGUUUUAGUUAUGGUGACGGGCAGUAUGAUUCUGAAGCGGGGCCGUCCAAUAUUGGUGGGGAAGAGGAAGAUCAUCAACAGGACGAUAAUUAUAUGAAUAUUCCAAGUGACGUGGAAUCUAAGUUGCUUCCUAUUUGGCCUCUCACUCCUCUUCCUUUUCUAUGUAGUUGUUGCCAAGUUCUUAGAGAAUUUCUUCAUACUAAUGGAGUGAACAGCAGAAAACUAGAGAUUCAUGGUAGGCUAGGGAUGAUUAGCCAUGCAAUAUUGGAGCAUAAACCCAUUGUUAAUGUGGAUAAUAUAAGUCCUCAGUAUCAAAUGUUCGAUUUUUGCGAGAAAAGCUGUGAGGAGAUAAAGCAAUUUCUACUACAGUAUUGUCUGAAGCAAAUAUUGGAAGAUUACAAUAUGAUUCCAGAUCCAAUGUCCAAUUUCUACGAUGCCCUUUGUGUUGGAAUUGAUUGGUUUGAAAAUCUCAAUACUGAUGGUUUCUUUCAACUCUCUCCUGACAAUUCUGAAGAUGAAGAAAUGGAACAAACCACUCCAGACUGCCAAAAUGAGCCGCCGGAGCAACCGGAGGAGCAGCCUCCAAGACGACCCUCCCUUGCUGCACAGCGACAAAGGACGGGAAGAAUGACGGUGAAUGACGUGUGGGAAUAUCUUCAUCUACCAAUAUCAGAAGCUUCAAAAAAACUGAAUGUGUGUAAUACAGUAUUGAAGAAAAUAUGCCGUCGGAGCGGUCUUAGCCGGUGGCCUUACAGAAAGAUACGUAGUUAUGAGAGGCGAAUAGCAGCACUGAGAGCCACCAUGAAUUCAAGCUACGGAGAUACGAGAGUUCGAGCCGAAGCCGAGAUCGAAAGGGUUCAAAAAGAACUUGCUGAUUUUUGUGCACGAAUCAGGAUUUGAGUUUUCUUCCCCUCACUUUUUUGUACAUUUUCACUUGAGUUCUUUUGUGUUUUGUGGUCAUUUUAG